AUGUCUGAUGUUCAAACUGUUUCAAAAUUUUUAGCUGAAUCUGUUGUGGCAGCUACCUCUAAGGAUGCAGAGAGAAGUUUAAAAGAACUUGAAGUAGAAGAUGGGUUUGGUUUGACUUUAUUACAAGUUGUUUCUUCUGAUAAUUUGCCUAACUCUACUAGACUUGCAGGUGCUCUGUUCUUUAAGAAUUUUAUUAAGAGAAAAUGGGUCGAUGUAGAUGGUAACUAUUUGCUUCCUCUAUCUAAUGCUGAAUUGAUCAAAAAAGAAAUUAUCCCAUUGAUGAUCAUUUUGCCAGCCAAUCUACAGAAACAAAUCGGCGAAGCAAUUUCUGUCAUUGCUGAUUCAGAUUUUCCUGAUAGAUGGCCUUCAUUAUUAAAUGACCUAGCAUCAAAACUAUCAACAAAUGAUAUGGUUACAAACAAAGGUGUUUUAACUGUGGCAAAUUCUAUUUUCAAAAGAUGGAGACCACUUUUCAGGUCUGAUGAAUUAUUCACUGAAAUUAAAAUGGUUUUAGAUGUUUUCACUGAACCAUUUUUGAAUCUAUUAAAGGCUGUUGACGAACAAAUCGAACAAAAUAAAAAUAACAUUCUGCCAUUGACUCAAUUAUUAGACGUUCUCUUACUUUUGACAAAAUUAUACUAUGAUUUUAAUUGUCAAGAUAUUCCGGAGUUUUUCGAAGAUCAUGUUCAAGAAGGUAUGGGGAUUUUACACAAGUAUUUAGCAUACUCGAACUCCCUAAUAGAGGACCCUGAAGAGGAUAAUGAACUAAAUGUGAUUAUCAAACUUAAAUCAGCUAUCCAAGAAGUGGUCCAACUGUAUACCACCAGAUAUGAGGAUGUCUUUGGGCCAAUGGUCAACGAGUUCAUUCAAGUUACCUGGUCUUUAUUGACAACAACGACAUCUCAACCAAAAAAUGAUAUUUUAGUUUCCAAGUCUUUAAAUUUCUUGUCUGCUGUAGCACAUAUUCCAAAAUAUUUUGAAAUUUUUAAUAGUGAAGAAGCUAUGUCGAAUAUUACAGAACAGAUUAUUUUGCCAAAUGUAAUGAUACGUGAAACUGAUAUUGAAUUGUUUGAAGAUGAUCCAAUUGAAUACAUUAGAAGAGAUUUGGAAGGUUCUGAUGCAGACACCAGAAGAAGAAGUUGUGCUAAUUUUAUAAAAGAAUUAAAGGAGAAAAACGAAUUUUUUGUCACUAAUACUUUUAUUAAUCAUAUCAAAACUUUUUAUCCCCAGUAUGAAUCUAAUCCUAGUAAAAAUUGGAAGUAUAAAGAUUUAUGCACGUACUUAUUUACAAUUGUAGCUGUCAAUGGUAACAUUACGAGUAGCGGUGUAUCUUCUACUAAUCAAUUAGUUGAUGUCGUUGACUUCUUCACAAAACACAUCAUAUCCGAUUUGACAGGUAGUGUUCCACAUCCAAUUAUUUUAGUCGAUGCAAUUAAGUAUAUAUAUGUCUUUAGAAAUCAACUAACUAAAGCACAACUAGUCGAUAUCAUGCCAAUUUUGGCCAAACUAUUAAACAGUGAUGAAUAUGUUGAAUAUACGUAUGCUGCUAUUUUGAUUGAGAGAAUUCUUUCCAUGCGGGAAUCCAUUUCUUCAUCUACUUUAAUCUUUAAUAAAAGUGAUUUAUCUGGAUCAUCAGAGUUAUUAUUAUCAAAUUUAUUAUCAUUAGUAUUAAGAAGUAAUACUUCCCCAGAAAAAUUAGCUGAAAAUGAAUACUUAAUGAAGGCUGUCUUUAGAGUAUUGCAAACUUCAGAAGAUCUUGUGCAACAUAUGUUCCAAGAACUGAUGACUCAAUUAGUUGGUAUCGUUGACAUAAUUUCCAAAAACCCUUCAAACCCAAGAUUUACACACUAUGCAUUUGAGUCUAUUGGCGCCAUUUUGUAUCAUGCUCCAGCUCAAUUAAUUCCAAAUUUAAUAGAAAUUAUGAUGCCGGUUUUCAUGAAUAUUUUAACCCAAGAUAUUCAAGAAUUCAUUCCUUAUGUUUUCCAAUUAAUUGCAUUUACUAUUGAAAAAAUCAGCACUGUUCCGGACAGUGUAAAACAACUUUCACAACCUAUAUUAAACCCAACUGUAUGGGAGUUGAAAGGUAAUGUUCCUGCCAUUACGAGAUUAUUAAAAAGUAUGAUCAAAGCUGACGCAAGCAUUUUCCAAGAUUUAGUUCCAGUUCUGGGUGUAUUUCAACGUUUAAUUGCCUCCAAGGUUCAUGAUAUUUAUGGGUUUGAGUUAUUAGAAGUUAUAAUGUUAAAUAUUGAUACAACUCGUUUAGUUCCAUUUUUGAAACAAAUCGCAGUUUUAUUAUUGCAACGUUUACAAACUUCUAAAACUGAGAAAUAUGUUAAGAAAUUAGUUGUGUUUUUAGGAAUGUUAGCUAUUAAAUUGGGACCUGAUUUUCCGAUUUCAUUUAUUGAUGACGUUCAAGAUGGAAUUUUUGUUCAAAUUUGGAACAAUUUUGUCAUUCCAACCAUUCCAAAAUUUGGUAAUUUGCAAGAGCGUAAAGUUGCCAUAAUUGGGGCCAUCACAAUCCUCAGAAGCAACUUGGUCUCUACGAAAUAUAGCACCAUCAUCCCUGGCACCGUGACAUCCAUCAUUGAUGCAACGCUAUCUGAAAGUAUUGCUAAUUUAAAGACAGAUCAUAUCGACUUAGAUAAUUUAGAAGAGAUUUCUACAUUUGGUUCCAGCUUCAGCAAGUUAUUCAGUAUUUCUGAGAAGCCAUUUGAUCCGCUGCCAGAAAUUAAUCCAGUCCAGGGAGUGAAACCGUUUGUGUCUAAAGCAUUGAUGGAAUACAUUCAACUGUCAGCUACUCAAUUCUCAAACACAAUUGUACCACAAUUGUCAAACGAGACUCAAUCGAAACUAAACGAACUUGUUAAAAAUUGA